AGAUAUUUUCGACGAUCUAUGCACAAUGCGCGUUAAAUCUGUUGGCGACUUCGAGUGGCAAAAACAAGCGAGAUUCUACUAUCACGAGGAAAAUGAUGAUAUCACAGUCGGCAUAACGGAUGUGAAUUUCAUAUAUCAGAAUGAAUAUUUGGGUGUAACUGAACGAUUGGCUAUUACACCAUUGACGGAUCGUUGCUACAUUACGUUGGCACAGGCUAUAGGCAUGUCAAUGGGUGGCGCACCCGCCGGACCGGCUGGUACUGGCAAGACGGAGACAACUAAGGACAUGGGUCGUGCACUGGGCAAGUUGGUUGUGGUCUUCAAUUGCUCAGAUCAAAUGGAUUUCCGUGGCUUGGGCCGUAUUUAUAAAGGUCUGGCACAAUCUGGCUCUUGGGGUUGCUUCGAUGAGUUCAAUCGCAUUGAGUUGCCGGUGCUCUCGGUGGCGGCGCAACAGAUCUACAUAGUGCUGACAGCACGCAAGGAGAAACGUAGUUGGUUCCUCUUCAGUGACGGUGACACUGUGACACUAAAUCCCGAAUUUGGACUUUUCAUUACAAUGAAUCCCGGCUAUGCGGGACGUCAAGAGUUGCCUGAAAACUUGAAAAUCAUGUUUCGUUCGGUGGCCAUGAUGGUGCCAGAUCGCGCUAUUAUUAUACGUGUCAAAUUGGCCAGUUGUGGUUUCAAGGAGAAUUUGGUGUUGUCACGUAAAUUCUAUACGCUCUACAAGCUAUGCGAAGAGCAACUCUCCAAGCAAGUACACUACGAUUUUGGCUUGCGUAAUAUUUUAUCAGUGCUGCGUACGUUGGGCGCACAAAAGCGCGCCAAUCCCAGCGAUACGGAAGAGACGAUCGUGAUGCGCGUGUUGCGUGACAUGAAUGUCUCCAAACUGAUUGAUGAAGAUGAAGGUCUAUUCGUUUCACUGAUCGAUGAUAUGUUCCCGGGUAUUAAGUUGACGCAGGCAUCCUACAAAGAUCUGCAGCGUGCCAUACCGAAGGUGGCGGACGAAUUGGGUUAUGUGAAUAAUCCUGAAUGGAAUUUGAAAGUCGUACAGUUGUAUGAAACUUCGCUGGUGCGACACGGUUUGAUGUUGAUGGGACCGACCGGUUCGGGCAAGACGAGCUGUACACAUGCUAUGCUAAGGUGCUUCACCGAAAUGGGACAGCCGCAUAAGGAGAUGCGUAUGAACCCGAAGGCCAUUACUGCACCGCAAAUGUUCGGACGCCUCGAUGUGGCCACCAAUGAUUGGACCGAUGGUAUUUUCUCAACACUGUGGAGACGUUCGCUAAAAAUACCGAAGCAUCAAAAUUGCUGGAUUGUGCUAGAUGGACCCGUGGAUGCGGUGUGGAUUGAAAAUUUGAACUCUGUGUUAGACGAUAACAAAACCUUAACCUUGGCCAAUGGUGAUCGUAUUAAAAUGGCGGAUAACUCAAAGUUGGUAUUCGAGCCAGAUAAUGUGGACAAUGCUUCACCGGCUACGGUUAGUCGCGUCGGUAUGACAUUCAUGAGUUCAUCGGUGCUGAAGUGGACGGUCUAUAUGGAAGCUUGGGUCCGCAAACAACCCGCCGCUGAAGCAGAUGUAUACCGACGUUGCUAUGGUGCGAUCUAUGAUGAUGCACAUUUCUUCCUACAAACUAAGCUAAUGGCGAAAAUGCGCAUUUUGGAAGCAAUCUAUAUCAAGCAGAUGCUCGAAAUUAUGGACGGCAUGCUGGAGGAGUGUAGCAAUAGAAGCGACAGAUAUCUGGAACGUAUGUUUCUAUUCGCGUUGAUGUGGACGUUGGGCGCUGUGCUGGAAAUCAGUGAGCGUGAUAAAUUUGAAGAAUACGUCGUUAAACAUCCAUCAAAGCUAAAAUGGCCCAAGAGGCAGCCGAACGAGACCAUAUUCGAAUAUUAUGUUGACGAUCAGGGUUUGUGGCAGCAUUGGAAUACGCGCGUGGAGGAUUUUGUCUAUCCUGAAGAUAGCAUACCGGAGUUUGCCUCUAUUUUGGUACCGAACGUCGAUAAUGUACGUACCGCAUAUCUGAUGCAUAAUAUUGCCAAGCAGCGCAAGCAGGUCUUGCUAAUUGGUGAGCAGGGUACUGCCAAGACAGUGAUGAUUAAAGGAUAUAUGGCGCAAUAUGAUCCGGAGCAACAUUUAUCAAAGUCAUUUAACUUUUCAUCAGCAACAACACCAAAUAUGUACCAGCGCAUUAUCGAGUCAUAUGUGGAGAAACGUGUUGGCACCACUUACGGUCCACCCGGUCAACGUUCGAUGACUGUCUUCAUAGAUGACAUUAAUAUGCCAGUAAUCAAUGAAUGGGGUGAUCAAAUAACCAACGAAAUUGUGCGGCAAAUGAUCGAACAAGGUGGUUUUUAUUCGCUAGAGAAGCCAGGCGAUUUCUCCACCAUCAUGGACAUACAACUAAUGGCAGCCAUGAUACAUCCCGGCGGCGGUCGUAAUGAUAUACCAAAUCGUUUGAAACGUCACAUGUCCAUAUUUAACUGCACUUUACCAAGCAAUAAUUCGAUGGAUCAGAUUUUCAAUAAAAUCGGACAGGGCUACUUUUGUUUGGCGCGCUUCAAUGAGGCGGUCGUAGACACUAUACCACAUUUGGUGCCACUCACACGUAUUUUCUGGCAAAAUGUUAAGGCUAAAAUGUUACCAACACCGGCAAAUUUCCAUUACGUCUUCAAUUUGCGUGAUCUGUCGCGCAUCUGGGAGGGUAUAUUGAAAAUCAAGGCGGAAGAGUGUGAAAGCAUAGCAACGGUGCUUAAAUUGUGGUGUCACGAAUGUACGCGCGUUAUUGCCGAUCGAUUUACUGAGUUCAAGGAUAAAGAUUGGUUUGUGUCGUGCAUGAAACGUGAUGCAUUGAAUAAUUUGCCAGAAGAAAUAGCUGAACAUUAUCCCGAGGAAGAAACGUACUUUGUUGAUUUUCUAAGAGACCCCCCUGAUGCGGCGGAGGAUGAUGAGCAGGAAGUGUCACUGGAGCCGCCGAAAAUAUACGAGGAAAUGCCAAGUUUCGACUUUGUUAAACAGAAAGUUCACUUCUACAUGGAUCAAUUCAAUGAAUACGUACGUGGCUUCACCAUGGACCUGGUCUUUUUUCGCGAUGCUUUAGUGCAUUUAAUGAUUGUAUCGCGUAUAUUAAGUAUGCCGAGGGGCAAUGCGCUGCUCGUCGGCGUUGGCGGUUCAGGCAAGCAAAGCCUUACGCGUUUGGCAUCCUUCAUAGCGAAUUAUAAGUUCUUCCAAAUUGUGCUAACACGUGCCUAUAAUGCGGGUAAUCUUGUGGAAGAUUUGAAAUAUUUAUAUCGCACAGCCGGCUUGGAAGGACGUGGCAUAACAUUUAUAUUUACGGAUAAUGAAAUCAAGGAUGACGGUUUUCUGGAAUUCAUUAACAACAUAUUGAGUUCGGGAGAAAUUGCAAAUCUCUUUGCCAAAGACGAAAUGGAUGAGAUCUACACGGAAAUCAUACCAAUUAUGAAGAAGGUACAACCCAAACGCAUACCCACGCAAGACAAUCUCUAUGAUUUCUUCUUAUCACGCGCGCGCUACAAUCUACACGUUGCGCUGUGCUUCUCACCGAUCGGCGAAAAAUUCCGUGCGCGCUCGCUAAAAUUCCCCGGUCUCAUAUCGGGCUGCGUCAUAGAUUGGUUCCAAAAGUGGCCAGAAGAUGCGCGCGUUGCUGUGUCGCAGCACUACUUGAAGGAUUUCCCUAUAGUCUGCACUAAUGAGAUUAAGGACCAAGUUAUAGACUUAAUGAGUUGGAUACAUGAAACCGUAUCUGAGGCAUGCCUCUCAUAUUUCGAACGUUUCCGACGCACCACCUUCGUCACACCCAAGUCGCUGAUAUCCUUCCUGCAAAGUUACAAGACGCUCUACAAAGACAAGCAGACGAAUAUCAUUACAAUGUCGGAUCGCAUGAGUUCGGGUUUGGAUAAGUUGGAUGAGGCGGGUGCUGCUGUUGCGGUGUUGAAGAAGGAACUAAUUGAGAUGAAUAAGGUGAUCGCCAUAGCGACGGAGGAGGCUGAACAAGUAUUGGAGACAGUGGCGGAAUCAACGGCAGCCGCUGAAGUUGUCAAAGUGCAGGUGGCCGAGAAGAAAGCGCAGGCCGGUGAGCUGGUCAAAGUUAUAUCGGCUGACAAAGAGGUGGCCGAGGCUAAGUUGGAAAAAGCGCGACCAGCGUUAGAGGAAGCUGAGGCGGCGCUGCGGACUAUUAAAGCUGCGGACAUUGCGACUGUGAGAAAACUCGGCAAGCCGCCAUACUUGAUUACGCUCAUUAUGGACGCGGUGUGCAUUUUAUUCCGCAAGAAAGUGAAGCCUAUUAAACCCGACAUUGAAAAGCAAUUUCUGCAAAGCUCUUGGGAGGAGUCGCUGAAGGUGAUGUCGGACACUAGCUUUUUGAAGAAGAUUGUUGAUUAUCCUACGGAUAUCAUUAAUGCCGAAAUGGUGGACUUGUUGGUGCCUUACUUCAACUAUAACAUGUACACAUUUGAAGCGGCCAAGAUAGCUUGCGGUAAUGUCGCCGGCCUGUUAUCUUGGACCAUCGCAAUGGCCAAGUACUAUGAGGUGAAUAAAGAGGUGCUGCCGCUAAAGGCUAAUUUGACCGUACAAACAGCGAAAUAUCAGAAAGCAGCCGCCGAUUUGCAAGAAGCUGAGGAAUUGUUUGCCGCCAAGGAGCGCGAAUUGGCCGAGGUGCAAGCGCGCUUCAACGAAGCCAUCACUAAGAAGGAUGUCGUGCUGGCUGAGGCUAAGAAAGUGCAAGACAAAAUGGACGCUGCCACGGCGUUGAUUAGCGGCCUGGCCGGCGAGAAAAUACGUUGGACCGAACAGAUUGCGCAGUUUAAGAGCGAAACGGAUCGGCUGGUGGGUGACACCAUAAUACUCACCGCCUUCCUCUCGUAUACGGGUCCGUUUAAUCAGGAGUAUCGCGUGGAUUUGCAAAGCCAGUGGUUGAAGGAGAUACGCGGGCGUAUGAUACCGUUAUCCGUUAUCUUGAGCAUAAUAGAAAGUCUGACAGAUCGCACGCAAAUCGGUGAAUGGAAUAUACAGGGUCUACCCACUGAUGAGUUGUCCGUGCAGAAUGGCAUAAUUGCCACGAAGGCUGUGCGCUUCCCCCUGCUUAUCGAUCCGCAGUCACAGGGUAAAGCUUGGAUUAAGAAUAAGGAGAAGCACAACAAUCUCAUAGUGACGGCGCUGAGUCACAAGUAUUUCCGCAAUCAUGUCGAAGAUUCGAUAAGCUUGGGCUUGCCUAUGAUAAUUGAAGAUGUUGCCGAGGAGUUGGAUCCCAUGCUGGACAAUGUUUUGGAUCGUAAUUUGCUUAAGGUGGGCACAACAUACAAAAUCAAAGUAGGCGACAAGGAAGUUGACUACAAUCCAGCAUUUCGUUGUUAUAUAACCACUAAAUUGCCGAAUCCCUCAUAUACGCCGGAAGUUUUCGCGCGCACAUCCAUUAUAGACUUCACCGUGACAAUGAAGGGCCUUGAAGAUCAACUACUGGGGCGUGUGAUACUCACCGAACGCAAAGAGCUCGAGGAGGAGCGUCAGGAGUUGGUGGAAACCGUGACGAAUAAUAUGAAGAAGAUGAAAGAAUUAGAGGCCAAUUUGCUACAUAAACUAUCCACCACGCAGGGCAGCUUGCUGGAUGAUGUAACUGUCAUUGAAGUGCUGAACACCAGCAAGAAUACGGCCAUAGAGGUAAAGGAGAAAAUCGAGGUGGCCAAAUUAACGGAGGCGAAAAUUAAUUUGGCGCGCGAGGAAUAUCGGCCGGUGGCAACGCGCGGUAGCGUGCUGUACUUCUUGGUUUGCAGCAUGGCGAUGGUGAAUAAUAUGUAUCAGACGUCGCUGGUGCAGUUUCUGGAGCGCUUCGAUGCCUCUAUGCACCUCUCGGCUAAGACGCACAUAACUGCCAAACGCAUCAAACGCAUUAUCUCGUAUUUGACUUUUGAGAUCUAUCGCUACAAGUCGCGUGGCCUUUACGAACAGCAUAAGUUCCUGUUUGUGCUGCUGAUGGCGCUCAACAUUGACCGUCAGUUGGAUCUUGUGAGCUAUGAUGAGUUCCAAAAUUUCAUAAAAGGCGGCGCAGCUUUGAAUUUGAAUGAUUGCCCGCCGGUGCCAUUCCGUUGGAUCACCGAUGAGACUUGGCUGAAUUUGGUGCACCUGUCGAAGAUGUCUCUUUUCGCCAAUUUGCUAACAAAGGUCGCAAACAACGAACGUGGUUGGUUCAAUUGGUAUAAAAAGGAAUGCCCGGAAAAUGAGACCAUUCCAGAUGGUUUCAAUUCCCUACAGCCCUUCCAUAAACUUUUGCUCAUACGCUCUUGGUGCGUCGAUCGUACGAUCGCACAGUCUCGCAAAUACAUCGCUAGUUCUUUGGGUGACCGUUUCGCUGAACCGGUCGUUUUGAAUUUCGAUGAACUGCUGUCGGAGAGUAGACCGCUAACGCCUUUAGUUUGCUUCCUUUCAAUGGGUUCAGACCCUUCGUCCAACAUCGAAGCGCUAGCUAAGAAGAACGAACUCAAGUGCUAUCCCAUAUCGAUGGGUCAGGGUCAAGAAGUACACGCACGCAAGCUGGUGCUCAAUUGUUUGAGCGACGGCGAUUGGGUUUUGUUGCAAAACUGUCAUUUGGGGCUGGAAUACAUGAACGAAUUGUGCGUGCAGCUAUUCGACUUGGAAAAAGCUGAACCGGACUCAUUUAGCGACAGCUUCCGCAUUUGGAUCACAACCGAACCGCACGAUAACUUUUCGAUUACUUUGCUGCAGAUGUCGAUUAAAUUUACCAACGAACCACCGGCGGGCAUACGUGCGGGUCUAAAGCGCACAUACGGCAACUUGUCGCAAGACUUUCUCGACUACUCGCAAUCGCCAUUCUACCAUCCACUGGUAUUUGCGAUCUCUUUCCUGCAUUCGGUUGUUCAGGAGCGUCGCAAGUUCGGUCCGCUGGGCUGGAAUAUACCGUAUGAGUUUAAUUUCGCCGAUUGGUAUGCCAGUUGUUUGUUCGUACAGAAUCACUUGGAUGAUUUGGAGCCCGGCAAGGGUAUUAGUUGGACCACAGUGCGCUAUAUGCUGGGCGAAGUGCAAUAUGGUGGUCGCGUUACGGACGAUUAUGAUAAGCGCUUGUUGAAUACUUUUGCGCGUGUAUGGUUCAACGAUAAUUUAUUUGCGCCAACAUUUGAGUUUUUCAAGGGAUAUAAGAUAUUUACUUUCAAAGAGCAAGAGUCAUAUUUAGAGGCAAUAGACGAUAUGGCAUUACUGGAUCCUCCGCAAGUUUAUGGAUUUCACUCAAAUGCUGAGAUAACCUAUCAGACCAAUACAAUGAGAAGCAUUUUGGAUACGAUUGUCUCCAUACAGCCAAAGG